CCAAACAAGCCAGCAAGAUGCCGGCUUUCACAGAGUCGUGUUUGGCCGCUGAGUCGGUAUUCCGGGAACCAUGGGGGCCCCCACAGAAAGAUCAGCUGGGCUCACUGUGAAAUACAGCCCGUCCGAGUAGCUCAACGCUUUCUUAUCCCCUUUCCCCCGCUGUCUGACAGGAAACCCCUCGGAAGCUAUCACCAAGCAUGCCAUCGUGCUGAACUGACAUGGACAGCAAGAUUCCGCCAGGAUAUCCGCGGCCCAAGGAGGCUAUCAGGCCAGGGACCAAGUGUAGAACAGCAGUCACCGCUGCUCUAUCAGUGCUUGCGGUGACGGCGCUUAACAGAGGGAACUUCUUCCCAGCUCCGUGGUCUCUGGCCGGGCGCGGAAGCACAUUCGAACAUACCUCUGAUUCAGAAUGGACCUGGUCAAGCAUCAAGCCAAGUCGGACCCUGGAGUGGCACAGCUGCUUCGAGAACGGGGAAUAUGACUGCGCCAGACUAGACGUUCCCAUGGACUGGCAAGAACCGUCAGAUGACCGCCGAGUUGUUCUUGCAAUCACGAGAAUCCGUGCAACGGAUAAGUCGGACUAUAGGGGGCCAGUCAUCUUUAAUCCCGGUGGUCCCGGUGGCUCAGGGGUUUGGUCCCUGAAAAACCAUGGCAAAAUGCUACAGGAAAUUGUGGGUGUAAACCACGACCUCAUUAGUUUUGAUCCAAGAGGUGUUGGCGCGACCAUCCCCAGAAUCCAGUGCUGGUCAACACCACAACAGCGCCAAAACUGGGGUCUUCAAGACCCCGGAGUCCUCGACUCCCACGAAGGCAUUGUCGGAGAACUCUUCGCCCGAGCGACGGCGUACUCGCAAGCAUGCGAGAGCGCGAUGAAAGCGUCCGGCAUCCUGGAGCACUCCAGCACCACCCCGACCGCUAGGGACAUGCUCGAGAUCGUCUACCAGACCGGGUACAGCAAGCUCAAGUACUGGGGCUUCAGCUACGGCACCAUUCUGGGCGGAGUUUUCGCGGCCAUGUACCCGGACAAGGUAGAACGCCUGGUCAGCGAUGGCAACGUCGACUACAGGGAAUGGUUCAACUCGGAGCACGUCAACUUCAUCCGCGACACGGACAAGGUCCUCUUUGCCUUUUACGAGUUCUGCUACCAAGCUGGGCCCGAGAAAUGCGCCUUCCACGGUCCCACUUCGGAAGCCAUUAUGGGGAGGUUUGUUGACCUGCUCAAUGCCCUUAAGAGGCACCCAGUCAUCGUCCCAGCAGAUCCAGAGGAAGGCCCUGAAGUGCCCAUGUUGGUCACCUACUCCAAGGUUAUGCGUCUUCUCUCGACAACGCUUUAUCAGCCGCUGGAACAGUUUGAGAAUUUCGCCAACAUCAUUGCCGCGCUCGAGAAGAAGGAUGGACGCCUUUACUACAGGCGCUAUAACCCGAGCAAACCGGCCCCGGCCCCGGCCUGCGCACCGCAGCCGGUCUCUCCGUUCGAGCCACCGCCCGGCAUUGUUGAAGGUACCGGAGACGCCUUCGCGGUCGUUAUGUGUGCCGAUCACCCCGCCGUCAAUAACAUGACUCUCGAGGAGAUCCAACGGGAGACAGAUGGAAUCUUGGAGCUUAGUCCAGGAACUGGGGCCACCGAGGUGCCGUACCAGAUGAUAUGCAACCAGCGAACUACGCGUCCCCGCUGGCGUUUCAGUGGACCCUUCGAGGGCAAGACAAGCCACCCCAUCUUGUUUAUCGCUAACCAAGCCGACAACAUCACUCCGCUAGUCAGUGCUCGCAACAACUCUGCUGGGUUUCCAGGGUCGAAAAUUCUAGUUCAAAACUCGUUUGGCCAUACAACUCUCGCAGCCCCUUCGGAAUGCACUAGAGGACACAUAAGGGCAUACUUCCAAAAUGGAACGAUGCCGGAGCCUGAUGCUAAGUGUGAAGGUGACUCGCAUCCAUUUGGCCCAUUUGCUGAAGCCGGAGUCCAAUUCUACCAACCGCCGCUAUUCAUGUAACUCGGAUCAUUAGUACCAUUUGAUUCGAAUCUAGAGACUAGACGCAUGAAGUAUAGUCUGCGUAGAUAUAGACUGCUCUUUUCUUUUCCCCAGCGUUGAGUUUUCCUUUCAGUCCUAUUGCUAAGCUUUUGGCUUGUUG